GGUGAAAGCAAGGCACACAGAGUUUCUGUGAGACAAUUUACUAACCACAAGUUGCUCAAUCAUUGUGCCCUGUUUGACAAGAGUAUGCAUUAAAUUUAAGAUUUGGGUCAGUGAGCUUGCAUUUUAGAUGGUGGAUCAAUUGAGUUAUGAGCUUUGCUGUCAUUCCAAUUCAAAUUUGCACACCAACACAUCACCUGGAACUGCUCAAAUGCAUCUAACCGAGGACUGUAAUCUUCUCCUGCUGGAUCGGUGAGCCAGAUGAACAACCCUACACCCCUUCUCUUCUACAAAACCAAGGUGAAGAAUGUGUGUGUUCUCAUGCUACUGUGUGUUCCCCUCUCCAUGAUGGACAUCCCCGGUCCUUGCAAACAUGCCAUAACUAUGGACCACCUGCUUCAAAUAAAACAACUGAUAAGUAACCAGCUCCGGACUGGCUGCUCAAUCACAUAUACAUUCAUUGAGAGAAAACACCUGAGUGUGGUGUGUUAUGUGAAGGCUGCUUUGCCAAGAGUGCUUGAACUGGUAAACGUCCACUUCAGAUACGUGCGGGGCUCAGGAAGUGCGCAAUCAGUGGUUUCCUUACAGAACCUCAUUCUCAACAUCUACUCCCAACACUGCGUACCUUCACUAAACGAGGAACUGGAGGAAGACCCUGUAGCGUUCGAGACGCAAUACAAAGAGUCUCCUGUCCAGGCACUUCAAAGAGUCGAGGAGGUUCUGUCUCUUUACUUACACCUCAUAACGUCCAUCAACACCCCUGUUAACUGGACCUGCGAGCAAGAGUACAGCAGCAGUGACCCCCCGACUGUAACUCAACUAACCACUAGCACAGAGGCUGCGGUAGGAUUAUUCGGGCAAGAUCCUCAGGGGUCCUCCGGCGCUGAUUUCUACAGGCUGGGCUUCAUUGUGGUCACCAUCUGUGGAGGAUUUCUUGUUCUUCUCACUGCCUACUGCCUCCUAGAGAGAAAGAAGCUGCAACGUCAGCUUGACAGAACAAGAAAAUCAUCAGACUGGGGACUGCAAGUUGUCGAAAACUAUGAAGUUCAAGAAGAAGUAUACCAGAUGACUGACCGACGGAAACAGUUUGACGUCCACCUCUCCACUGCCUUCUAAUGGAACCUAACCUUUCUGGCUUUUAACAAGAGAGCAUAAACAGUGAAACAGACGUGUUGGCUUCAGGAAGACUAAGACCAUGACAGUGUUUCAAACAUCAGAGGAAACUGUGUUAAGAAAUACAAUUUUGUAAAGAUAAUUCGUAUACCUUGGAUAUUGUAUAUAUGUAAAUAUGCACAUGAUAACAAACAUCUAUUUCUGGACUACUGGACAUGUCAUGGUAUUUCAUGCUUUGUAAUGCUACAGUUACAUCAAUCAGCAGUGCAUCUACUGUAACACCUACUAAUGAAAAGCAGUCAGUCAUUGUUUCAGAGCUGAGCUGUACAUUAAAGGCCUGUUAGUAUAGAUAA